UAUUUUUGACUUGUCAAACACUUGUUUCAGAUUUCGAUGUAUAGCUUAUAGCUUAUUUAACUCAUUAUAGAUGUCUCUGACGGAUACAAAUUUUACGGUUUUUUAAACGAUUCCAGCAUAACAUAACUAGAGUGACAGUUAAGAGUUAACGAAGGGAUGAACUAUUGACAAAACCAAUUAUUGCUUUCGCACGAUUUAUGUGUUCGUAAAGUUCUAACUAGCGAUAGAGAAACCGGCCCUUAGUUAGUUUAAGCUGGAGGCCAUCUAGUUCUAGUUCUAAGCGCAAUGUUCUCUCAGUGCGCAGGCCGCAAGCUAGCCUCAAUGGUAAUCGUUGACACGGCCAGCAAGUUCAGCCGCGUAAUAGAAUCCAUCUGACGAAGGGCAAUAUCAGCAUCAGCUUUAUAUAGAGGCAACAGCUGCUGAUGCUGGACAACAGUUGAUUCACACACAUCAUGAGCAGCGGCAGACACUUGGCAAAAGGUUCACCCACGCCCGAUGUGCCCGAGGAUGGCAUCUUGCGUCUCUACUCGAUGCGCUUUUGUCCGUUUGCACAGCGUGUGCAUCUGGUGCUCGAUGCCAAACAGAUUCCAUAUCACAGCAUUUACAUAAAUCUCACAGAGAAACCCGAGUGGCUGUUCGAAAAGAAUCCGCAGGGCAAGGUGCCAGCUUUGGAGCUGGUGCGUGAGCCUGGACCGCCAGUGUUGACUGAAUCGCUGCUCAUUUGCGAGUACCUGGACGAGCAGUAUCCACUGCGUCCGCUGUACCCCAGGGAUCCGCUGAAGAAGGUGCAGGAGAAACUGCUCAUUGAACGAUUUAAUGCCGUGUUGGGCGCCUUCUUCAAGGCAUCGGAUGGCGGUGAUAUUGAACCAUUUUGGAAUGGUUUGGAUGUCUACGAGCGUGAGCUGAGCAGGCGAGACACGGCCUUCUUUGGUGGCGAACAGACGGGCAUAUUGGACUACAUGAUCUGGCCAUGGUGCGAGCGCUUGGAGUUGCUCAAGCUGCAGCGUGGCGAAGACUACAAUUUCGAUGAGACGCGUUUUCCGCAGCUGUCGCUGUGGCUGGAGCGCAUGAAGCGUGAUGUGGCUGUGAUGGCGUUCUACAUGGAGGCCGAGGUGCAGGCUGAAUUUCUGCGCACGCGCAGUGCCGGCAAACCCAACUACAAUCUGCUGGUCAAGGAUGCCUAAUCCUCAGUGUUUGUAUUUAUUCUUGAUUUAUUGGAAUGAAUAAAGUGCAUUUGUUAUUGCUGCUGAAAGGCAAUGUCAUAGUUGGGCUUGCCCUGCAGCUUCGACUGCUGGAAUUUCACAUGCAGCUGCACAUCCGUUGCAGUCGCUUUAACUGCUUCAUCCUGCGCCAACAGUUCGCGCCAU